GCGCCGUGGGGCGGCCGUAAACGCUGCGCGUGCGCGUUGGGGUCGGUGGCGGGCGCGCUGAGGGGCGCGAGUUGGGGGAGCUCUGGGAAGGCCGCUCGUGUGUCCGUCCGUCCGUCCGUCCGUCCGGGAGUGUGUCGUCCCGCCGGCUCCAGCCCUCAGCCCUCCCUCCCGGGACAGGCCUGCUGACCGCUGCCGCCGUGGCACAGGGGAAGCCGGGGAGCGACCCGAGGAGCCGCCAAGAUGAAGCUGGUGAGGAAGGACUUGGAGAAGGAUAAUGCAGGGCAGGUGACGCUGAUCCCCGAGGAGCCUGAGGACAUGUGGCACACCUACAAUCUGCUGCAGGUGGGUGACAGCCUGCGCGCCUCCACCAUCCGCAAGGUUCAGACUGAAUCGUCCACAGGCAGCGUGGGCAGUAACCGCAUCCGCACCACCCUCACCCUCUGUGUGGAGACCAUCGACUUCGACUCGCAGGCCUGCCAGCUGCGGGUCAAGGGCACGAACAUCCAAGAGAACGAGUAUGUGAAGAUGGGCGCCUAUCACACCAUCGAGCUGGAGCCCAACCGGCAGUUCACCCUUGCGAAGAAGCAGUGGGACAGCGUGGUGCUGGAGCGCAUCGAGCAGGCCUGCGACCCGGCCUGGAGCGCCGAUGUGGCGGCCGUGGUUAUGCAGGAAGGGUUGGCUCACGUCUGCCUGGUCACCCCGAGCAUGACGCUUACCCGUGCCAAGGUGGAGGUGAACAUCCCCCGCAAACGGAAAGGGAACUGCAGUCAGCACGACCGGGCACUGGAGAGGUUCUACGAGCAGGUGGUGCAAGCCAUCCAGAGGCAUAUCAACUUUGAGGUGGUGAAGUGUGUACUGGUGGCUAGCCCAGGCUUCGUGCGGGAGCAGUUUUGUGACUACAUGUUCCAGCAGGCAGUCAAGACUGACAACAAACUUCUGUUGGAGAACAGGUCCAAGUUCCUACAGGUCCACUCUUCCUCAGGACAUAAGUACGCACUGAAGGAAGCACUCUGCGACCCAGCGGUAACUAGCCGUCUUUCUGACACAAAGGCAGCUGGUGAGGUCAAAGCCUUAGAUGACUUCUAUAAAAUGCUGCAGCAUGAGCCUGACCGGGCUUUCUAUGGCCUGAAACAUGUGGAGAAGGCCAAUGAAGCCAUGGCCAUUGAUACCCUGCUGAUCAGUGAUGAGCUUUUUCGGCACCAGGAUGUGGCUACACGUGCCCGAUACGUUAAAUUGGUAGAUAGUGUCCGUGAGAACAUGGGGACGGUACGCAUUUUCUCCAGCCUCCAUGUGUCGGGAGAGCAGCUGGGCCAGCUGACAGGGGUGGCAGCCAUCCUGCGCUUUCCUGUUGCUGAGCUCUCUGACCAGGAAGAUGAAUCUAGCUCUGAAGAGGAUUGAUAACAGUGACUUCAUUCCAGUUUCUUUUCUAUGUUGUAUUGAAAUGAUGUUGAAGGUCCUCCCAACCUGAAUACUGUGUGCAGAUGUACCAUGACAUGUAAUUAAAAAGUUUAAAUAGUAAAACAUAGUAUACCCAUACGUACAUAAUUGUUUUACGCAGCACACUACUCGGUAUCUGAUCUAUGGUAAUAAUUAUAUGUAUGCUGUGCUGAGCUGACUGUUUUUGCAGUUCUGGACCACCAAGAGUACAAGAAAGUAAUUUGGCUCCCCAGUGUUGCUUAUUCUUCAUGUUAAGGCAGACUGCUAACUUAGUGAAAUGUGUAGGAAAAAAUAGUAAACUGAUGGGAAAAUUUGUGUGACUAUUUCUGUACAAAUGCUUGAAGAGAGUAUUGCAAAACAAAUGUAGACUGCUUGGAAGACCUGUCAAAACUGUGCUUGAUCUUCAUAGGAGCUCCCUGUUCUUUGUAAGGUGUGUCAAAGGAAUUGGGUCAAGAUCAUCACUUAGGGCUUUGUGCAGUGUUGCAAGUCUAACCACUUAAAUAUUUCUGUGAAACACUUGAAGCAGUCUUUCAGUAACCAGACCCUUUAAGUUAGCCAUUUCUUCGUUAACAUGAUAGUAGAUGCAGGACAAGUGGUGAAUCUCAGUGCACCCAUUUAGUUAUCUUGUUGCAUGCUGAGAACUAACAAGGUGUCAUUGACUGUAUUCUGCUAAAUUGGCAUUAUUUAGCACCCAGUUCUGACAAAGUAUAGGAAAAAACUUAGAAAAUCGGGAUUCUAGUUUCCGCAAGGAAUCUUUUGAUAGCAAAUAGUUUAGGUAUCCAUAAUCUGGUAGUCUAUCUGCAUAUCUCUUUAAAAAUGCACAUAAACCAUGAUACAGAAAUAAAGAUGACAAAAUUAUAAAUCCAACUUCAGCUUAAGAUAGUGGCAGCUGUAAAAGUGAAAAUUACCUUUUCAAUCAUUUUAUCAGCUCAAAGUACUAAGAGCCAGAAAGAGUUUUGUUUCUUUACGGGGCAGUAAAUCUUGGGCUGAAGAAGCGAAAACUGCUUUCAGAUUCAGACAUAGCCCAUGGUUGUAUUGUUUCAAACCAAGGUUUGAUGGUGUGGCUUGUGUGUGCAAACAGGCAUUCUAUUUUUAAACAUGAUGGAAGGUGAGAACAGGAACCACAGAAGAAUUCUGUAAUAUGGAAAGUGUUGCAAGAGUGGAACAUUAAAAAUUAAAACCACCAAAACUCCUAGUCUGGGUAGAAUAGUUUUAGGAAAAUUAUUAAGGGUACUUCCUUUAGGUUCAUGGGUUCUAGUCCUCUGAAUUUAAUAAUAUCUAUUGGUAGCUGAAACAUCAGUCUAAACUUAAUGAUUGAGAAGCACUUUUGAGUUAAAACCAUCUCCCCUUUCCUAUAUCGUCCACACAGUCUAAGGAGCUCUUGAACAGGGCUUAUAUUAGAUCUGUAACACUUAAUUCUUUUGCUGAAGACAAGCCCAUUGAGACACUUGUUUACAGUCAGUUUGCACACAUAAAUUGUUAUUUAAGCUUUACAUUUUUGUCUUGAAUCGUGUUGGGUGCUACAAGUCGUAGAAUGCUCAAGUAGGCUUUCUUUAGCAGUUAAGACUGCUUAAAUUAAUUUAUAUUUUUUUUAAUUUGCCUAAGUUUAUUAUGCACUUUUUUAGCUAGAAAGCUCCGUCAUUCCUGUUACAUCUAGUUUAGUGUAAAAGACAUAGGAAGCAGAAGAAAUUGACCAAGAAACAUUAAUUAUAUACAGCAAAUUAGGGCCUUGAAAAAACUCAUAUCUGAACAAGUCAUUCAUUUCUCAAAGCUUUUAUAACAUAUGAUGAUAUAGUGGUAUAUUUCCUUUCUCUAAGUAAUGCCAAUUUGUUACAGCUGUACACAAAUGACAUAUUCUAAUUUGUAGUCCACCAGAUAUUCUUUUAUUUCUCAACAAACUCUCUGAGAGACAAAUCAAGCUGUUCUUUGGUUGUGGGAGGGCUUGCUAUUUUAUCAGACCAGAUUGAUUCCAGGUAUUCCAUUGUAAACCAGAAGUUAUGAAGAGUUCUUGCUGUGUACUACAUGAUUACCAUGGUGAUUCUGUGUUUAGUUACCAUCAAGGAAAAGAACUGGCCAUUUUGUUGCAUUUUUGGGUUUUAUUUCAUCUGCUAGGAAGGAAAAUGUGACAGUAAUGAUUCUUUGAAGUAUUUACACUUGGAAUUAAAAUUCUGCCUUCACUUUA